AACAUGUGUUCCAUACAUCUUCACUUCGUGAAUACCUAUAAAUACACCACAGCAGUCAUGGGAUUUUUGUAAUGUCAGCACUUGAGAAUUUGUACUUACCUCCUCACUUACUUUAAGGUUAUUAUGUAUAAAGAGUUAACAACUGCCUAAAAUGAACUAUGCUUCAGAAGUAAAAAAAAAUAAAAAAUAAUGUCAUUGCAUUAACAAUGUGUUAGAUAAUAGUUCCCACACUUGUUGGCAUCUAAUUUUAGUUCAAUUUCAAUGUGAUUUUGAGAAAUUUUUUGAGCAAUUUAACAAACAAUUUAUAUUUCCCUUUCCUAAAUAGAUUUUCUCGUAACACUUAGUUUCUAUGAAGGUAGUAAGGUAAAAGGUACUUUAUACCUUCAUGCCAAAAUGACAACCGUGUUUGUGAGAAGAAUCCUGGAGCCAUGGAUUACACAGCACAUUAUAAAUACUAUAACUUUAGCCAGUCAUAAAGACACAUAGAGAACUUAAUUAACAUAUCAUAACAGAUUUUAAAUUACAAGAUCCUGAAACAGAAUAAUGUCACAUUAACAUCAACAAUAUGCUAUAGCAUGACUUUGUGAUCUUUAUGUAAAGUGACAGCACUGUAAAAAGUUAUUAGCAAGUGUAAGAUACCAUAACAAAAUUAUGAGGACUUAAGAGCAGUAUUUGCUGCCUACAAGUAAAGUGUAAGACAUGAAAAUAAUUAAAUAAAUAAAUCACAGUACUACUUGAACUCAAUCAUACAGGCUUAUGCUCUUUCUUGACCACUGCAUUCCUGCAAGUAUUGUUGUCUGUUAUUGCUAUCCCUUUACUCAAAGCAAUCAUAGUCCAGACUGUUCUCUUUUGUGGUUACCUGAUAGUGGAAUGAGCUUCCAAAUGCUAUCAUAGCACAGGGGUGGGGUGAAGGUUACUCUGUAACUUCAAGAAUCUCUUGAAGACGCAUCUUUUCAGAGAGCACCUGCAACACCAUAACAUGCAGUGCUAGCACUAACUAUGCACUUUUAUCUCCUGUCACUUUGUCUUAUUUAACAGAUUCAGUAUUUUGUACUUAAUUCAUGGUUUUCUACUGCAUUGAAGCUUUAGUGUUGUCACUAACUUGUAUAUUGCUUUGGAUAAGCACAUCUGCCAAACGAGUUAAUGUGUAUAUGAUUAUCAAAGGCACGUCAAGUCUUUAUUUUCUGAAACACACAACUUCUCAUUUUAAUUAAAACAGAAAUUGGCACCAUCACACCAAACAUAGUACCCAGUGGUACAAGAUUAGGCCAGUAUUGGGCAACCUUCCAGGACAGGUGUAAUUGUACAACAGAGUGAAACAGGGUGUUACUGUGAGCUCAGCUAACCUAAACUGGGUAAAUAAAAGUUGAAAUAACAGAGUCUCCUCAGAAUACAAAAUGAGUGCAAUCCCAGUUUAAUGUAUUUAUCCACCAGUUAGGAAAGGUUGCAAAUAGGUACCUGGCAUAAAGGUUUUUUUUUUUUUUUUUGUUACUCAAAAACUGGACCCCUCUCAAUACUUUGAACAUGCAUGGCAGACAUUCAGAGUUGAAGUAUGAAGGCACCAUGGAAACUGUACCACAAAACUUUUGCGGGAACAUUUAAAAUUGAUUAAGUGGGAUUACUGGUUGGGCAGGAAUCAUAGAUGUCAUGUGACUGAUCAACUGUUGCAUGACAUUAGGAAAUACUCACAACUGCUGAAACACUAGGUUUCCUCAGCGGUUGUUUAUAAGACAAUAUUCCAUCUCAAAAACUGUAAUGAUAUGUUAGAGUGGUUGUCUAUGUUUUUUUUUUUUUUUCAAUUAAGUGGUUAAAAUUAUGGUAGUUAUAAUGUGCUGUGUAACCCAGGACUCAGAUUUAUCUUUCAAACACUGUUGUCACUUUGGCAGGAAGGCAAAAAGCAUUAUAAGUGCUAAACUUAAAUUACAAUUAUGUACACCGCUUCUAAUACUUGAUAAAACUUGUUAUAAGUUGAUGUGCGUGAUUAUAUUAUUAUAAAUGCACUAUUAUGUCUUAUAUAUGCUUGAGAUGCAUUAUAGACAUGACCCUGAUUCCAGUGUGUAUUUUUCUGCAAACAUUAGAUAUUAAGUAGAAACGAGACACGAUGCUGGGGAUAUUGACAUUGCGUUAAAUAGGAAGUAACAGAAAUGUAAAACUAUUGAUCACGCACAUGCGGACAGUUUUCAUUUCCUCAUGUUUGGUAUUGUUUUUACGCACAGACACCCGUGCGUAAAACUCGCGGAACACAAGGGAAAGAGGACACAGUGAUACAUACUGUCUGCCUUUAACCACUGUACGCAAAUGUGGCAAAAACAAGCAAAAAACAAGCAAAACGUUUAUAUAGAAAUGUAAACAUACAAUAAAUGCAAACUGAAAAUGAUUUAUCAAAUGGCCAGAAUUUCACGUCCCACCAACAGAAUGAAGAAUUAUAAAUCAGAAAAUAAAACGUAAAGAAAUAUUUAUUUCCAGUUUCUGAAACUGUAUUCAAAAUCCACUCGCAUUCCAUCUCAGUUUAAAAUAAGAUUAAUUUAUUGUUUUAAAAAGUUGCAAAUACUCAUACAAGACUAUUUUCGUCGCUACAAUCCAGGAAAACACACUCACUGAUGAAGUCGUCGUUCUCACGAUAUUUCAUUGGAGGAAGGAGAGUCAGUGGUGGUAUUAAAUGCACGUCAUUGCCUGUCAACGCGAACAGAAACGUUUUCAUGUUAGAUCCUCUGUUCGUUUGUUCAUUAAACUAGAGGACGAUUUAUUCACGUUUCUGCACAUUUCAAGAGUUUAAGUUCGGACUCUCCAUGAUGGCGCAUGAUAUCCGACAGUCAUUCAGGAGAGGGUACGUUUCCGUAUUUAUUUUUCUUUCUGCCAUCAUCAGCACGGUAUCCACAGUCACCCAUUAUUCUGUUCCCGAAGAAAUGGAGGAAGGCUCUGUCGUUGCUAAUUUAGCAACUGAUCUGGGAUUAGAUGUGAGGACGCUAAAGGGAAGGAAAAUGCGCGUAGAUGUUGUAGCCAAUAAAAAAUAUCUAGAUAUCAACAAGGACACGGGAGAGCUAUUCAUUUUAGCGAGGAUAGACAGAGAGUUUUUGUGCCCAUCGAAAACAACCACGUCUUGCUUUCUUAAACUGGACGCUACGAUUGAAAACCCAAUACGAAUGUUUAAUAUCGAGGUAGAAAUCAUGGAUAUUAAUGAUAACGCUCCCCAUUUCCGACGAGGAACAAUGCAUUUGGACAUCUCGGAAUCAAGCCCCAUUGGAGAGAGAUUCUCACUGAAUAACGCAGUCGAUCCAGAUGUUGGAUCGAACUCUGUGAAAAAUUACCACCUGAGCUCAAGUGAACACUUCUCCAUUGAAAUUCAGACCGGGAGAGAUGGGUCAAAGUUUGCAGAUUUGAUACUUAAAAAAGCUUUAGACAGAGAACAGCAGGCUGUUCAUAAUCUGAUACUGACCGCUGUGGACGGUGGAGUCCCCACGCGCACAGGUACAGCCAGCAUUAUUGUUCGCGUGCUCGAUGUGAACGACAACGCCCCUUCAUUUGAAAAAGACAAAUACGUCGUAGAUGUGAUGGAAAACUCCCCGAUUGGAAGUCUAGUAAUCAAACUAAACGCCACUGAUGUAGAUGAGGGGUCCAAUUCGGAUAUUGUUUAUUCGUACAGUUUGUAUACAUCAGAGAGAACACAAAAUAUGUUUAACCUAAAUCCAGAAAAUGGUGAAAUCAGAGUGAAAGAGAUGAUUAAUUAUGAAGAUAUUAAACUUUAUGAAAUGGAGAUCAUCGCCACAGAUAAGGGGCCUAACUCCUUAUCUGGACAGUGUAAACUGACAGUACAGGUGACAGAUAUGAAUGACAACCACCCAGAAAUAUCUAUUAAAUCAUUUCAAAGUCCAAUAAAAGAAAAUGAGCCAGUAGACACAGUGAUAGCUGUAGUCAGUGUCAGUGAUAAAGACUCUGGUGACAAUGGAGUGGUUGAUCUUCAUAUUCCAGAUAAUAUGCCUUUCAAACUGAGAGAAUCCUCUGAUAACUAUUAUGAAUUAGUGGUGUCAGAGCCAUUAGACCGUGAGAAGGUUCCAGAAUAUGACAUCACUUUCACUGUAACAGACAGAGGUUCUCCUCCUUUAUCUGACAAUGAGACUAUGACGUUAGAGCUGCUGGAUGUUAAUGACAAUGUUCCACAGUUCCCUCAGUCAUUUUAUACUAUACGUGUAAUGGAGAAUAACGCACCUGGGGCCUUGCUCAGUUCACUCACAGCCUUUGACCCUGACCUCCAUGAAAACCAGUAUCUAGUUUAUUUCAUCUUAGAGAAGGAGAUAGCCAACACCUCCAUGUCCAUGCUGUUCUCCAUCAAUCCAGAGAACGGUAAUCUUUACGCACUAAAAACUUUUGACUAUGAGAUUGAGAAGGAGUUUCUUUUCCACAUCGAGGCCAGAGAUUCUGGUUCACCUCCACUCAGCAGUAACGUGACCGUCCACAUCAUUAUUGUGGACCAGAAUGACAACACUCCGGUUAUUGUGUCUCCGUGGCGCGCGCACGGCUCGGUGGUGGAGGAAAAGAUCCCCAGAUCCACCGAUAAAGGCUCUCUGGUUUCCAAGGUGAUAGCCUUAGACACAGACUCGGUGCACAACUCUCGGAUUACCUACCAGUUUCUACAGGUGACUGACGCCACCUUGUUCAGUCUGGAUCAAUACAACGGAGAGAUCCGGACUAUGAGGAUGUUCAGUUACAGAGAUCCACGCCACCAGAGACUGGUUGUUGUUGCCAAGGACAACGGGGAGCCUGCUCUCUCUGCUACAGUCACCAUCAAGGCAUCCACCACCAGCAGCAGCAGUUCCACAUAAGGCCGCACCUCCAGCUGCACACUUGAUCUACGCUGACAGGAAAGCUUCACAGAGGAAAGGAGAAACCCCCUGUCCCCACCCCCAUGUCCAUCCUGCUCAGUCUGGUCCCUAGUAGUUGUCCUGCUUUAACACCAAAUGGACUAUGGUGGCAAAUCAAAGACACGCCCCUCCCCUUCUCUUUCUUUAAGCACAUAAAAAGCCAAUCAACAAUGCCUCUCUGUCCAUUCAAUAUGCAUGAUAAGACUGCAUGGCUUCAACCACACUCCAACACCUUCAUACAAAAAAUCUCAAAGAGGAGAUACUCGCAAAGAAGCGGACUGUACAAAAAAUUGCACCAUGGGAUAUUCUAAGAAGCCAGAACAAGGACUAACAGAAUGGACACAGGAAUGUUGAAAUGCCUUUAAGAGACUGUUUUCCCUCUCUAAAAAAGAAACACAUGUUGGAUAUUACAUUUUUAACCUCUGUGCUUUUUGUCUUGCUCCAUUACAGCAUUGAUGUAUUAUAUACUGUAUAAGUUAACUAAGAAGCGAAACAGCACAAUUAAGUAAAUGUCAGAAAAGCACCAGUUUUAAAGUGUGAAACUAAAGGGAAUCAGUAUUUUAUAAGUGUGGUAGCUUUUAGUAGUUUUUUGUUUUGUACUUGACUUUGUGCUUUAUAUGUGAGCUAGGCCUAACUACAUGAAUGAGAGUGGUAAGAGAUUAAGUUAAGUUUACCAGUACAUCAAAUAGAUAAGAGUGAGGCCUUUUGUCAUUAUGUAUCUGCCUUUCAGUUCUUUUUGCAUGGAAUAAUCAAAGUACUUUGAUCACUGUAGAUAUUUUAUGAUAUUGAGCAAUCCAUUGUUUGUGGUUAGGCAUCACUGUAGUCUGUUUCAAAACAAGAUGGACGAUUACAUUUUAAUGGUAUCACAAUAAGAUGUACAACAGUGUAAUACUUUCUUAUUACAGAGCCCUGGGAUCUUCAGAGAGGUUUAACAGAUCUGUAAUCUCAUUUCCUUUUUAUAGUUUCUAGAGGAAAAUGGCUGGCAGCAGUGGGGCAUUUUUUGAGGAUUUAGAAAUUUAAGUGUAGUCCUAACUUAACCUUAAGUGUACAGUGUGCUUGAAUGUUUUGUCCACUUGGACAUUAUUAGAGAAUAUGAGUCUAGGUGAUUCACACAAGUGAACACAGUGAGUCUUUGAGAAUAGGUUGAUUAAUGUCUCCUCAUGACUACUGUAUACAGAACACAAACAUGACGUUGUACUUUAACUUUUUUAAUUUUCUAAAGCCAAAUCAUCUUAUCAUCUUAUCAUCUUCUGAGAUUGUGUUUCAAGUUUAAAAGUCUGAACUAAACAUAUCAACUUGAUGUUUAUGUUGCAGUACUGGAACAACAUAGCUGUGAUUGAUAUCGCUCAAUGAAAGCUGUGCUCAUCUGUAUUACUGACUACUGUCUGUAUCUGCAUAUGCAACAUACAAAUAGGGAUACAGACAUGACUGACAUACAGUAUAUCAUAUGUCUGUAUCUAUACAUAUGCCUUUCCAUUUCAGUACCAAUGCUGGACUUGAAAAAAAACUUUUGUGCCAUCAGAUUUAUGAGCCAACUAGUACGUGAAAAAGUAAAACAAUCAGACAUUAUGUAGUCAAACUCCUUAGCACAGCUCACAUUGCAUUACUUGUAAAAAGUUGUAAUGUGUUACAGGCAAACAUAUACAGUAAGUGCUUUUGUACAGUGGUACUUUUAUGGUGCAAUAUGUAGUAACUUGUGUAAUGUGAGCUUACUGUAUGCAAUGGUCUGGUCUGUAUGAUCUAUUAAAUACAAAAACAAAAUAGAACAACAAAAUUAA